CUCUUGCGCACUCAAAACACGAAAAGUUUGUUCUUUUCUUCUCAGUGUCUUUUCACAUUUACUCUUAUGGACAAUGUUAUUUUUUCCUGUAAACAUUUUAAGGACUGUGAGCCUAUGGUGUACAUGUUCAUCGCGAUUAUAGCAAUCGCAAUUUACAUGUGCUACAAAGGUUGUCAUGGAGUGAUUAAAAUAUCCAGAAAAAAUGCUGAAAGGCAAGCAGAAUCGGGUGUCCACGUCGAAGGUGGAAUUUCUCAAGCAGUACAAAAUACAUCGGUUCAAUUAAGUCACAUUGAGUCCCAACUUAUACCAGAUCUUCCAAGCUAUACAGAUGUUAUGAUUCAAUUAUUUGAUAGUCAAAAUAAUUCAAAUUCUCCGUCAUCUCCACUAAGCGUCCAUUACUCAAAAGGAUCAUCACAAAAGUUCAUAUAUCCACAAGUAGUUCCUCAUCGAUCAGUCUCACUUUAUCAAACAAAUGAAGGAUGCAGCAUUUCCAGACCAAUUGCAUCUAAAUCAAUCAAUUUGAACGAUCUUCCAAGCUAUAAAGAGGCAAUGACAUUGCCAUCACCUAAUCAAUAG